AUGAGCGCCGUAGAAGCAGCCAUUAAAGGAAAUGAUCAAGUGAGGUUUUUAGAUCAUCUGCAUCCAGCAAUCAAAGUUGAUAAACAGAAAAUUAACAUCCACCCAAAUCAUCUGUUUUAUCGCCUUAUAGCUAUUGCACAGAGAGAUGAAAACACGACUCCAUACUUUGACUACGAGCUUACGGCAAUGCCAACUUCGCUAUUCAAGGACAAUUUUAUGCGUAAAUCUGUAAAAUCUCAACUAGCACAAGCCCUCGAGAAAAGUGUCCAGUCCUCUGGAGAAAACCCGCAAGCCAUGCAUGUUCUCGAUUGCGGAGCCCCUAUUCAUAAAGUGAAAUGGCAGAAGAAUGUUACAUACAAAGACAUAGCGGUGCCAUAUGUAAACUAUGUGCGUACAAGAUAUCGCGACUGUUGUAUUGUGUUUGAUGGUUACGGACAGGGUCCGACGAUUAAAGAUCACGAGCACCAGCGAAGAAUUGGUAAAACAUGCGCUGAUAUUCAGCUCAGUGAAAAUAUAAAGGCUCACAGUGAUCAGCAGACCUUCCUCUCGAACGAGAAAAACAAAAGUCAGUUCAUAGCGUUGCUGAAUCGAUGCUUGGAAGCUGAUGGCCAGAUUUUACAUAACAGCACGGGAGAUGCUGACACAUUGACAGUGGAAACUGCUCUUCUAUUUGCAAGACAAGAAAGAGAAGUAAAAGUAGUAGCAAAUGACACGGAUGUACUUAUCCUCUUGAUGUACCACUGGAACGCGAAUAUGGCUGAUAUAUAUUUCCAUUCAGAGGUAAAGAGAUCAAAGAAAGGUUUGAAGGUGUGGAAAGUUCAAGACCUUGUUAACAAAGCUGGCAAAGUUGUAACAUCCCAUCUCCUGUUUAUCCACGCAUGGAGUGGUUGCGACACCACAUCUGCAACAUAUGGGCAUGGCAAAACCAGUCUUUGA